UCACAUCCGUUUUCUCCUCGUCCCCAGUACUCUUUCUAAACCGCAACCAUCACAAUGUUUGGGCGUCGACGCAGACCCAUUCUCGGCGCCGCCGUGGUCGUCGGCGCAUCCAGGGCAGCCGCCAAACACGAAGUACGGAAGCAGGCAGAUAUGGAAUCUCAGCGCGAGAUGGAGAUGGAGCGAGAAUUCGAGGCACGGAGGAUCCGAGAGGAAGAACAAGAACUACGAACGCAGCGGGCCGUCGAUGAAGCCAUGAAGAAGGCCGCCGUCGAGAACCAAGCUUAUCAGCAGAGCGCCGCUCCAGCUGUGUUACCACCCCCCCAGCAGUUUUACAAUAACCAAACACCGAUACCAAUGCAGGAAGCAGGCUACUUGGUAACUUCACCCGGACAGCCCUACACGAUGGCUAGGGAAGCUGGGCCCAGCAUUCAGCCGAAUCAGACCAUGCGGGCUCCGUCGCCACAGCUUCCUGCAUACUCGACAGAGUCUCCAUUACUGGAUGUGAGGCCUAAAAGCGCCCACGGUAUGAGUUCUGCAGGGGCCGCUGCAGGGUCGAAUAUUCGAUAUUGCACCCAAUGUGGCUCUGCUUGCCAACUCGGGGACAGAUUCUGCUGUCAAUGCGGUGCGAAGCAAGUUCACCAAGGGCAGAGGACGGAGUGAUUGGAUAAUAUUGCCUGGUUAUCGUUGCACAAUUUUGAAUGUAUCUUUCCUGUCAGCAAGGUCAUUUAAGUUGUGAGUUGGGGUGGAUUUCCUGUCAACGACGAAGUUGUCCCUCAUUCGAUUCAGGGAUCACUACUCUCCAGCGCUAGGUUAGGCAGCCGUGAGCGAUAGGCAGCAAAGAAAAUAUAUAUUUUAAUAAUGA